CGCCAAGAGGACACGGAACACGACAGAGGGUGGUACCGGUGCUUAUCCGAAAAGCAGCCCAGGCACGGCACUGGACACUAAAUAAGAACCACAACAAAGAAGCUCUCCAUAAGAAAGCAAACGGAUCACUUUAUACCGGCGGAUCCCUCCACGCACGCCUGUUGUUGUGGGCUCAAUGAGAGACCCCAUGCGUAAAGUAUCUGAGCGGACCCCUAAACGUUAGGCUCUUACGGUCAUCUCCGGACAAUCUAGCCCAGCAGAGUUCUGCGGAUGAGCCAGUCUCGUUGGAUCCGGUCGCAGCGCUGCCGGGAGACACUGGCAGGCUUCCUGUGAACGUGCCACAUGCGCGUGCAAGAAAUGGAUUCGCUUUUGCUAUAGCAAAGAUUUGCCGCGGUUUUUAAAAAAAAAAAAAAAAAUGUAUAUAUUUUUUCAUUUUCUGACUAUGUUUGAGUGUGUGUGUUCGUCGGAAUUGGUACAUUUUUGACUCCCUCACGAGCGCAGAGAUUUCAAGACUCUUCGUGCGGAAUUACAACCAUGAACUUUGUUGUCAGUGUGGUAACGUUACAAAUCCUUUUGGCAGCGGCUCUUCACUUAUCCACUGUAAAGACUGCCAGCAUUAAGAAGGGACUGGAGAAGAGUAAAAAUGAGGUCAUCCCUUUCACGGAAGUCAUCACCAAGAGUAUGUGUCAGCCCAGGGAGGUGCUGGUGGACAUCCUUCAGGAGUAUCCGGAGGACACGGAACAUAACUACAUCCCUUCCUGUGUGGUCAUCAACCGCUGUGGUGGCUGCUGCAAUGACGAAGCAAUGGAGUGUGUUCCCACAGAAACCCACAACGUCACACUGCAGGUAAUGCGGGUUAGACCAAUGGUAACGCAACAUACUAUUGACUUGAGUUUCACAGAACAUCAGAGGUGUGACUGUAGACUGAAGCCAGAUGUUCAAGCAAAGAAAGAAUACCACUGUGCGCCUUGCUCAGAGAGAAGGAAGCGCUUGUUUGUGCAGGACCCUCUCACCUGUAAAUGUUCCUGCAAAUUCACACAGUUAGACUGCAAGUCCAGGCGACUUGAAUUAAACCAAAGAACUUGCAGAUGUGAUAAACCGAGGAGAUGAGACCAGCAACCCUGCUAUGAAGGAAGUCACAGCACUUUGCAACAUGAGGAUGCAUUCCCUGCAAGGACACCAAACGACAACGCAAGACAGGAAAUCCUGAACACUGACUUUGCCACUGUCUAUUUUCCGCCUAAAGAUAUUAAUAUAUACUCGAAGUACAUUGACAAUAUGAAUUGCUGCUACGUAAAAAAGACAAUUUAAAGUGAAACGACCACACCUCUGGUGUGUGAAUGGGAAAUGUUUCAGCGACGUUCUGCUCAUGGGUAGAAGACUAGUAGCAAAAAUCUUAUUUUAUGUAACACUUCACUGGAUGCUGGUCUGCUGUGAAUAUGAAUAUUUUUUUCUUAAGAAAAACUGACCACAGCUUUGCCGACCAGCGCAGCAGAAGCAGAACUCUGACAGAAGAAACUGGAAGGAGUCGGAGAAAAGAUUGUUGUACUUGAACGGAACGGCAGGUCCCUCUGUGACAUGAUGUAACGUUUUGACUCCACUGUACAGACUGACUGGUCUGAAGUGAGUGUGGAUGCAGACUAUGUGCGUGGUGAUGGAUAAUGUGAGAAAGAUGACUUUUCUCCCUCAGGAAGGGUUCCAUGAUGCUGGCAAGAACUACAAUUAAGGUUAGCUAAUGGCAUUAAGGGUAGGACGAGGGUUAGGAAAUGGAAGUUUCUAUCAGGACAAAGGCCUGUUUCUGGUCCUGCUUCCUUCAUGAAACCCUUCCCUGGUGGGGGAAAAACAGCAUUGUCUUUGUUUUUCUGCACAGUUAAUUAUUUACUCUUGAAGGUAUUGUAUUCUUUUUAACAAAAUGUCAUGAGACCAGGCUGUCUAAAGGGAAUUUAGUGUAGGUAUAUACGGAGACAAGAAGUAAUUAGACAAGCUCACAGAUCAGCUCAGUAUCUCACUGUAGAAAUCCACAAUUUUACUGCUUUCUUAUUUAAUGUCUGUGUUCCAAAGAAAUAGUUCAUGGUUCAUCAUAAAUGAUCUGUACAGAUAGAUAUCCCUUUGUCUAGUACAUUACAUCUUAUUUAUAGAAUCUGUUCAAUGUCCUGUAUUCUGAUAUUUAUGUGAAGUGUUAGUUAUUUUUGUUUGUAUUUCAGUCUGUUUAGAGACUGAAUUGAGAACAUUUGACUGUAGACUUUUUUUGUUGGGGGGGGGGGGGGAGACUGAAAGGCUAUGCUUUGACAUUCCUGAUUUAAACUAAAGCUGUGUUUCUCGUCAGUCAAAAGGGGAUCAUGGUGGGCCUGUUGACCGAUAGAAACCCCAGCCGUGUGUGUGUGUGUGUGUGUGUGUGUGUGUGUGAGAGAAUGAUGCAACAACACAGGUGUUUUUCGUUUUGGACUGGGGUGAUGGACAUGUUGUUUUGCACUUGUGGGCUCGAAGACACGUCAGGGGGAGGACCACAACGGUCUUGUUGCUGCUGCUCAAUUCAGACCUAAUUUAGUGAAGACUGAGGCCUCUAGUCUGAGGGUAGUAAACUGGCACACUGUUUUCUCUGACUUUAACCCAGGCGCUAACGUAAUGUCCUCACUCCUGAGUAUUACGCUGUUAUGUGGUAACACUUGAGUUCAGUUGUGCCCUAAUUAAUAACUUGUACGCUUAAAUUCCUUAACAUAACCAAAACUAGAAGAUCUCAUAAAAGGACGUCAGAAGUAAAACUACUGUCCGCUGUGUAUCCCACUCUGGACCCACAGUGAGCGCUGAUGAAGUCAAAUGAGUGACUUAAUGAUAUGAGGGAUUUAAGUUAGUAAAGUAAGGGCUCCUCCCUAACGGACAGGACCGGCUACGCUAAAAUCGGUAUGCAUUUGAAGGAACAAAGUAUUCUUUCAAAGGUGUGUAUUUGUAAUUAUACUACUAGUUGUUGAACAAUAUUUUCAGGAAUAGUCAGAUUUGAGCCCUUUUCCAUAGCAUUGUGACACAUCUCUUUUCAGAAAUCACACCCGCGUUUCUGUCCCGCUGCUGUUCAUGUGAACUGGCCUUCUGUGCUGCACCCUCAGACUCGAGGCCUGAGCGUGUUCCCUGAGAUGGCUGCCAGCUCAGUGCCUCUCCAGUCCUCUCACCAUGACAACAUUGUAUUUGUAUGAGUUUUUACAGCCACACAUUUUUAGUAUAUUUUCACAUUAAUAUAUUUAUUAGUACUGUAAAAUGUUUUACAACAUUAAUACUAUAUUUUGUUGUUUUUAGGGUUACUAUUAAAUCAUAUUUAUUUUGAAAUUAAAUUGUUUUUUCUUAUUAAAUGUCAACUAGUUUGAUGCUGUCAGAUACAGCUGAUUGAGCCUUAACAGGAUCCUGAUAGAUUAUUAACAGACAUGACAUGGCCUCCACGUUGACCAACAGGUUUUGUGAUCUUAGUCAGAACUCCAUAAACAUAAUUUGCAGCAAGAC